AUGGAGCCAUCCCCAAUCGAGUUCGUCACCGUCAAGACGACACUUCCAAAAUUACCCUUUCCCAAAAACAAUGAGCGGGAGCCUUUUCGGACGGAGCGUCUGCUGAUGCGGCCCUUCACGGAGGACGACUUUGAGGCAUUGCGCGUCCUUCGUACGCAACCCGAAGUCAUGGUGUGGUUCACGCAGGGUAGGCCAGACAAGGAUGUUGAAGAAACCAAAAAGGCCCUCGCCCUUCAGCUUCCCCCGAACGAUCUUGAACGAUACAACUGGGCCAUCUGCCUCGCCGAGACGGGAGAGUUCAUCGGCAUCGGAGGAAACGGCAUGUGGAACGGAGAGCUGGGUUGGCCUGAGGUGGGAUACAGCCUCGUGAAGGAGCACUGGGGCAAAGGCUACAUCACAGAGUUCCUGAGGGGUUACCUCGCCCAGUGGUGGGCGCUUCCUCGAGAAGAGGUUGAGCUCAAGGUGGACAAGAACUCUGUCCGUGGGGACGGCGGCGUCGAGGAAGAAUGCGUAGUAGCCAUUACAGUGGACGACAACGCAUCGAGCCAGAACGUGCUGCGAAAGUGUGGCUUCGACUUGGUGACGGCGUGGGAGGAGACGGAUCUCAGGGACACGAGCAAGAUGGUUACCCUGUAUGGAUUUGUUGCACACAAGGAAAAGUCUCUAUGA